GAUGGUAAGCAACCAAGAAAAGACAAAUGAGAAGUUUUACAUUAAGCCAAAGUGUUCACGUGUGAACGCGCUUACGAGAUCUUUGAAAGCCGGCUUUUCCCCUUAACCAAUACAAUACAAACUCAUCAAAACCCUCGUUUCGCCACACCCUACAGAUCUCAUCGGGCUUCGAUUCGCAGUCGUUACUGGUCCGAUUGAUUCGAUCUUGGGCUCAAACAAUUUCUUUUUUGAAUACCCUUUAGGCCCCUCUCUCGAUUGAGACCAAUUUUACCGUCUGCCGUUGAGAAUAUUGUAUACUAGGGUUUUCCGUCUUUCCCCAAAUUCGGUCGAUCUUCGAGGGCUUUCAUAUUUCUUGCACGGCAUCCAAAUUCGCCGAUCGGGAGGACUCACCAUGGUUUUGAAACGAAAUAAACGGGCUUUGGAAGAUGGAAAAUCAUGCCAACCUGUUAAAUGCCACAGACAAUCAGAAUAUAGUCUUGGCCAGACAAGUGGAAUUGGUGAGAUCGUCCCUAAUAACAUUUACAGCAAAAUGCAUCUCCAAGAGUUUGCACAACCAAAUGGCAUGGAAAUUUUUUGUGGAGACAAGCUCUUGAUUUCAUCAAGAGAGAUAAACCUUAGCAAUGGUAUCAUUUUUAAUGAUGGCAUUGAUUUGUCAGAGAGGGAUGAAGCUCAUCAGAAGCAAGUAGAAGUUGUGAAGACUGGCAAAGACGGCUCUGUGACAACUGGACUUGUACAUAGUCAAAACAGUGUUUGUGAUCACAAACAGGAGCAAUGCAUAGAUUCUCAAGUUAGCUUGGCAAGUAAAGAAAUGGCAGAGGAUGUGCUAACUGAUGGGACAAUUCAAGAUUCCAACUUGUGUGAAGACAAUUUCCAAAAACCACAGGGAAGCUUACAUAGCGAACAGAAGGCCAAGGAUAUUGAAACAUGUAUGUCAGUCUCAAGCAUUGACAAUGGCAGAUUGUCUAGUAGGGUUUCAAAUGAUGUUGAUUUUGACAUGGUCUCAGCUUCCUCCCCAAGCUCCAAAGACAUGCUUUGUGAUACUGAAACAGUGACUCGAGAAUGCGAAGGAUCAGAGAAAAAACAUUGUUCACUGCCCCCAUUGUCUGUUUCUGAUUCUGGAGACUUCUGUUCUAGAACUUUUGUAGAGUCUGAUUGUAAUGAGGAACAAUUUUCUCACUUUGAGUCGGCUUCAUGUUUUGGCUACUAUCAUUGUAAGAAGGUUUCUAUAGGACCUGAAUUUCAAGCAGAAAUACCUCCAUGGAGCUCUGAUGUCUGCGUUUCUAAUUCUGAUUCUUCCAAUCUGAUGUUGUCCCAAGCAUGUCAUGAUGAUGACAGAUACCCUCAUAGAUUGCUUGGUAAUUGUGUGUGGCCCUUAGCUGGAUCAAACAGUGAACUUCAAGACCAUUGUGUAGGACAAGGGAAAUCUACAGAUUGUAAAUGUCCAGACCAAAAUUCUAUACGGUGUGUCAAAGAACAUAUUGAAGCUGAACGGGAAAAAUUGAAGCUAAAGCUUGGCGAAGCAUUCUCUUUGUUGGGAUUUGAUGACAUGGGUGAGAACGUGUCAGAAAAAUGGACUAGACAGGAGGAAGAAACCUUUUGGGAUAUUGUAAGUAUGAAUCCCGUGUCAUUAAACAAGAACUUUUGGAAUUAUCUUUCUGGGGCCUUUCCCUCAAGAAGCAAAGAGGAGCUGGUGAGCUAUUAUUUCAAUGUGUUUGUUCUUCGUCGAAGGGCCCUUCAAAACAGAAUUGACCCAGAAAACAUUGACAGUGAUGAUGAUGAAGAAGAUUGGCAUGGCUCUGAAAUUGGACUGAGUAACAGACUCGGGGUGAUUGAUGAAGAUGAUGAUUCAGAAGCAGAAUCUGAUGGCAGUGAAGGUGAUGAUGAGGUUUCUGAAUCUGAUGAAAUUCCUGGUGCUACAGAAGAAGAGGAUGAAGUGACGGCAGGUUACAUAUCAGAGGGGCACAUGACAAAUAGGAGCUUUCACAAGAUUACUUUUUGUGACCGAGAAAAUGAUGCUAUGGAUUGCCAGGAUGAAGAUAUUGAUGAUCAAAUGGGUGGGUUUGCAUUACCUUUUCAACACAGGCUAGUACAAGGUGACCACAGUGAUUUGUUUGUGGGGCAAGAUUUACAAAAUGAAUCAUGCAUGUCGUAUGAAUGGAACCAUGGAAGUAAGUCAAGUUCACUGAUGCGCAUAAGAACUACUGGAAUUCAUUCUCUUCAGGAUGAAAAAUUUAAAGAAGCCACAAGUUCUGACGAUUCCUGUAAAGAAGAAAGAGUGGAUGAUUUACAUUAUGGAAAUGAAGUACUAUGUGGAGAUGGCAAAGCAAAUGGUAAUUUAUCUCGCAAGGAUGACUUUUUUGUUGACGGACACCCUCCUUCUCUUCUGGAACCUUAUGACUCAAAGCUGUGGGACAUUGCUUUGGUGACUAGAUUAAAAACAGAUGCAGAUAGAUUGGUUUCAACCUGCAGUCUGAUAAAAGAACUUUUUGGGGAUGAAACAAGGGAUAAUGAUAGGAACCAAAUUUGACUAAAAUACCUCUGGAUGAAGAUUUAAAAUACCUCUUGAUGAAGAUUAUGCAUUCGAGCUUUGACCUAGUGGGGGAUGUGAUACAUAUUUUUCCAAAUCCAACCAUCUGGUUUUUCCUCCGAUAUGACCAAACUUGCAUUGCGCAGCGUUUUGCCAAUUUGUCAAAUUCUGCUUUUUGCCAAUUUGUCAAAGUCUACGUGUCAUUUUUUCCUCUUUUUGUCCAUGGUCAUAAAAGUCUCUCAAGUUUUCCAGUAAUCUUUGUAGUUUGAGAGACUUCUUGUACUGAAUAAAUUCUUUUUUGAAAUACUUCUCUUUGGGCUCAUGGAAUGACCCAUAUUGUACAUUUCUUUGUAAUAUGAUAUGGCAACAAAUGAAGAUGUGCCAUAUUUGUAAUAUAUAUUGAAUCUUGAUUGAUUAGUCAAGUUAAAACCGUCUGCGGGAAAUUC